CAGCAUGAAGGCGUCCGGCACUCUAAGGGAGUAUAAGGUCAUCGGGCGCAGCCUGCCUACUCCCAAAGCUCCUUCUCCACCUCUCUAUCGCAUGAGAAUUUUUGCUCCCAAUCAUGUGGUUGCCAAGUCCCGCUUUUGGUACUUUGUGUCUCAGCUGAAGAAGAUGAAGAAAUCAUCAGGUGAAAUUGUCUACUGCGGACAGGUAUAUGAAAAGACACCCCUGAAGGUGAAGAACUUUGGCAUCUGGCUACGUUAUGACUCUCGUAGUGGAACACACAACAUGUACAGGGAAUACAGAGAUUUAACCACUGCUGCCGCUGUUACCCAGUGCUACCGUGAUAUGGGCGCUCGCCACCGUGCUCGUGCCCAUGCAAUUCAGAUCAUGAAAGUAGAGGUAAUUCCUGCCAGCAAGUGUCGCAGACCUGCCAUCAAGCAGUUCCACGACUCAAAGAUCAAGUUCCCUCUACCACACAGAGUACUGCGUCGCCAGCACAAGCCACGUUUCACCACCAAGAGACCAAACACUUUCUUCUAAACAAGGCAAAAGAACUUUCCUUGACCUUUGGUCUAAUAAAAAUGUUUGGAAAAC